UAAUAACCCGCGGUUUUUCGAUUACUUGGUAUGCACACAAAUCAUGAUUUAUUCUGGAUUUUAAUAAAGCCUCAUUGACUGCUGUAAUCUCGGUUUCACCUCAUCGAUUUAUUGAAAUGGUGAUUUGUGAAUCUUUCAAUAUUUACUUAUCAUUCGUUUCUAUAUUCUGGUCAUUCUUAUUUUCACCACAUAUCUAUGGUUAUUUAAUUGGAGCCGGAAUAUAUGACAUAACUGGCCCAAUAACCGAUAUCAAUAUGAUGGGCUAUGGUAAUAUGAAACAAAAUGAUAAUGGACUUCAUUUAAGAUUAUUUAGUCGUGCAUUUAUUAUUCAAGAGAAUUCUAGUUCACAACCAAUUGUCAUUGUUAUAAUAGAUGCUGGUAUGGUAUCACAAGCCGUUAAAAUUAAAGUCAUCGAUAAUUUGAAAAGUCGAUACGAUAAUGGGUUAUUUACACAUCAAAAUGUUUUAAUUAGUGCAACACAUACUCAUUCCGGUCCUGCUGGUUAUUUACAAUAUGUUCUAUAUUCAUUUACGUCUCUUGGAUACGUUCCUGAAACAUUUCAACCAUUAGUUGAAGGAAUUGUUAAGAGUAUUGAUUUAGCUUAUUCUAAUAUGAAAGAAGGAAAAAUAUUAAAAGCUGAAGGAGAUUUACAUAAUGCUAGUAUCAAUCGUAGUCCAGCGGCUUAUUUAAAGAAUCCAGUAGAAGAACAAGCUCGGUAUGAUGAAAAUAUAGAUAAAAAUAUGAUUUUAUUAAAAUUUGUUACAAUGAAUAAUACACCAAUCGGAAUGAUCAAUUGGUUUGCUGUACAUCCAGUCAGUAUGAAUUCUACGAAUACUUUAGUUAGCAGUGAUAAUAAAGGAUUAGCAUCAAUUUUAUUUGAACAAAAAAUGAAUCAUAACCAAAUGUUAGGAAAAGGUCCAUUUGUUGCUGCAUUCGCUCAAGCUAAUGAAGGUGAUGUUUCACCAAAUACUGCUGGUCCACGUUGUAUUGACACUGGUUUACCAUGUGAUUUUGUGCAUAGUAGUUGUGGUGGUCGUGCACAAAAUUGUAUUGCAUACGGUCCUGGUUCAGAUAUGUUUGAAAGUACAAAACUAAUUGCAUACAAGCAAUUUGAAAAAGCAUGGUUAUUGUUUAAUAAUGCUACUACUGAGAUAAAUGGACCUAUUAACUUUAUUCAUCAAUUUAUUGACAUGACAAAUAUAAGUUUAAAUUAUAAAAAUUAUUCAGGUCAUACAUGUGAACCAGCCAUGGGUUUUAGUUUUGCUGCUGGUACAACUGAUGGUCCAGGAGAUUUUGAUUUUAUUCAAGGUAUUACACAUGGUAGUUUAUUUUGGCGGAUUGUUCGAAAUUUUAUUAAAACACCAAGUGAAAAAUUGAUUAAGUGUCAAGCUCCAAAACCAGUUCUUCUUGCUACCGGUGAAAUGAAUACUCCUUAUCCUUGGCAACCGUCUAUUGUUGAAACUCAAAUUGUAUCGAUUGGGUCUCUUUUAAUUGUUGCCUUACCUGGUGAAUUUACCACAAUGUCUGGAAGACGUAUUCGUGAAGCAGUGAUUGAAGCUGCUAAUAAUGCUUCUAAACAGAAUGAUCCAAGUUCAACUACACAAUAUGAAGUAAUUCUUUCUGGUCUGUCAAAUGUUUACUCAAGUUAUAUUGCAACUCCUGAAGAAUAUCAACUUCAACGAUAUGAAGGUGCAUCUACUAUUUACGGUCCACUUACACUUCCUGCUUAUGUUAAUCAAUUCAGUUUUUUAGCAGAAGCAUUAGUUAAAGUUUUGUGGAGAUUUGUAAGUAAUUAUUUGAAAUACCAUUGGAAACCAAUAAGGACUGAUGAAUUAUGUAAACAUCCGCAACUGUACGCGCGUACUCCAUUGGAAAUCAAAUGUAUGACCCUCGGGUAUUGCUUCGAAAGUAUGGAGGUCAUAACAACUGAUCCAUUAUCGUGUAGUACAAUUUCAACUUCAAUCGUUGUGUCAGUUUUACUCCAACUAAAUUUAUUUUAUGACUUAUCCUACCUGAAAAAAUAUUUGAUUUAUUGUACAUGAAAUGCUAUUUUGACAAACUGGACAGCUUUUUGAUUAUUGACAAUACAAAUACAAUUCACCUUCAUCCUUCUUGAUUAAUAAAGAUUCCGUAUGCAGUC